CUGAAAGAUUUUAUAAUUUGAAGGUGAAUUUUGGGCUGUGUAAUUAUCAAACCCUCACACUUUAGUUUGCUGUCAUCAUUCUUCUGAUCAGGCGUCAUUGGAAUUUCGUAAAGUUCAGUUGAAGAAACGGGAAAGGUGAAUCAUUAAGAUUAUGGAUCAGAUGGACAUUGAUCAUACGGUGGAUGUUCCUGAUACUCCCGAUAGAUUAGCUGCACGAGGGAUCAAUGAGAGGAAUAGUUUCACGGAGGAAAAUCAUUGCUCAUCAGUGCCCUGUCAUUCAAGACAGCAAAAGAUUUUUGACGAGGGCUCUAAAGAUCAGCCAAUGGUCAUUGACAGUGGGAGCAGAAGGCAUUGCCGACGUCCUCCAAAAUGCAUGAGCAGUUCCAGCAACUCUCAACAUCCCAUUAAUUCUACUGCUUUUUCCUUGGGGAGUUCAUCCUCCUCGAGAAAUGCUCUCCUAUUUCGGAAAGGAGCGACAGAAAAGAACCCCAGUUACCAAAGCCAUGAUUCUGCUCAACAUUUACGGACUGCAAUACCUUCUUGUAUUUCUAAAUCCUCUUCUUCUCAAGAUGAUAGUUUCACAGAUCUGCCAGAAAAAAAUCUGCGUAGGCCUGUCACCAUAAAAGUUUCACCAAGUAGAAUACCUGGCAACAGUCACGCUGAGUUUCGAAAACUAUCAGGAUUAGUUAAUGGCACUUCUUCUUCACAUGGACAGAGAGAUUUUAUGACUGCAUCACACGGUGCCUCUGAAGGAACAGACAGUGUGAGUAGAGUUGGUUCAAAUAUUGCUUCUGGAGAAGGGGUGGAGUCUGCUGGCAAUAUUCAAAAUAAACAUAAUGGUUUUCUAUCUUUUGAUCCUAUUGCCUCACCUAGAAUAAAUAAGCAAAAGAGAUUGGUACGGAAUGGAUGUAUAUCUCCUAAUAACAUAGCUAAAGCCAAGCAGUUGGCUGGGAAGGAUGCCAAUGGCUCUACUACUGAUGCAAAUAACGAUCAUGGUUCUGUGGCACCUACCUCUCCCCAUACCUCAGUUGAUAUCAGGGAAUUGGUCACUGAAGACAAUGAUUAUCACACAGGAAAGGGCAAAGGAGUGAUAAGUAUUCCUUGCUCUUCGCAGGGACCUGAUAUUGGAAACAAGAAUUUGCAUAGGAGGAGCUCUAUGAGUUUCAAAGAGCACUCUAUGGAAACCAGUGAUCAUAUCAGGGGCUCAGGCAGAAGCAUCGAAGAAGGAGGUGAGUGGAGAAGUACCCGUAAUCGGACUAGAGAAAUGAGUAGAUCAUCACCUGAUGGGGAACAGUAUUUGAUUAGGGAAACAGAUGCUCCUAGGUCUUCCAGCCAUGGGAAUAGACUGGAAAGAAGGGAAAAAGGAAGUAAUGCUGCAACAGGUGAUGAUUAUCCUAAGGAUCAAACUUUGGUCUCUUCUAAGCAUGGUUCCACUCAAGCUUUAAGGGAGUCCAUAUCCGACCCUAGGGCUCGAGCCGGACGACUAAAUGGGCCUCAUUCUGCAGCUAGCACACUUAUCAAAAGGCAGAAGCAGGGAUCCACCUCAAGCAAUUGUGGUGAAUGUUCUACAUCAUUCUCUGAUGAUCCAGAAGUAAUGUUUCUUAGUUCAUCAGCCAAAGCGCCAUCGUUGAGAUCUACUUCUAGUGGUGUUUCCAAUUUACAGCCAAUUAUUGAGGUUGAUGAAUUUUCUCCUCAGCCAAGAUGUAAUGACCAUGAUGAAGAUGCUAGGGCCAGACAGGUUGAAGCAGAUGAGAUGCUGGCUCGUGAACUUCAAGAACAACUUUACAAUGAAGUGCCUGUUUUUGGAGUUGAAGAGGUUGAUGAGCACAUCGCACUGGCCUUGCAGCACCGGAAUGAUUCUGAUCAUGGUUUUUCUCGGGCAAGGCAUCCUGUGCUGAGUGCAAGAGACUCAUUGAUGUCCAACUUGCGUAGACAAUCCCAAUCUCGGUCCUCUUCAAAUAUUCCUCGUAGAGGAUCUCUAGCUCGAGCUUCUACAUUGGGUAGAAUGACAAGGCUGAGGAGUCGUUUUCCUGGACAACCCCGCACCAUAUUGCCUUCUAGGGGAAGAACUUCCCUGUUCCCUCCUGACAUGGAUGUUGACAUGAGAAUGCAUAUACUCGGAGCAUUGGAAGAGUUCAAUGACAUGGGAGUGAGCACUGGCAUUCUUGAAGCCCAGCGUGACUUCAAUGAGAAUGAUUAUGAAAUGUUAUUGGCUCUUGAUGAGAACAAUGAUCAGCAUGGUGGUGCACCUAUUCAUUUGAUUAACGGCCUUCCACAAUCUACCGUUCAGAGUGAUAAUUUUGAAGAAGCCUGUGCAAUUUGUCUUGAUACUCCUACCAUUGGGGACAUUAUACGCCAUCUCCCAUGUUUACACAAAUUUCACAAGGAUUGUAUUGAUCCAUGGCUGAGGAGGAGAACAUCUUGUCCAGUUUGCAAGUCAUCAAUAACUUGAUAUGCUCCUAUGGUCCAUUGUCCUAUUCCAAGCUGAACUAGCUCCCGAAGUAAUAGCAUUCCAUGUAGUGUCAAGGAAUUAGAUAUAAUCUCUCUGCAGGCAUUUAUGUUAAUAGAUUGCCUUUGAUGAUAAGUUUGCUGCUGCUGAAACAACGCAAGUAGCAUGCUUAUGCCUUCUACAACUUUUUGGUUACACAUGGAAAAUGCUUAAUUGGGAUCCGAGUAAAGCUUAGUACUCUUGGAGCUAUUUUAGCAGUUCCCUUAAACAUCAACAGAAAUAUUUUUCCCGGAUCGGUUACUUGGGCAGACUUGAAACAUAAAAGGAUUUGCAUGUGCCUAGUUUGGCAUAGAGACACAUGCUCCUAUCGGGUUUUUCUGGCAUUAAAGAUACAUAAAGGUACAUCGCAGUCUUGUAUCCAGGAAAACUUGUUGCAUGGAG